UUGGCAGCAUUGGUGAGCGUGGCUGUCAAAAAAAAAUAAUUCAAGAAUUUGUUUUUAGGUAAAAUUGUAAAAUCUUCAAAAUGCCAUCACAUCAACCGAUGAAAACGUACAUGAAAAAGACCCGAGUCCGAAUGAACACGAGUGUGAACUCCGUCGACGCAGUCAACGCUUUGUUCGUGGAAAAUUUGACCAAGAGAUUCAAGAGUCGGAAGAAAGCCAAAAUCGAACUGAAGGAGUUGCCUCCACAGGGCCCCACUCAGCUCACCGACGACUCGCUCAAGGUGGAAACGAACGACACGUUUGAUAGACUUGUCAAAGGAAAAGUUUACAAUGAAGUAAAAAUAGUGUGUAAUAUUCUCAAAUUCAAUUCGUCGAAUAGCGACACCUCAGUGACGUACCGGAGCCCUAUAAUGACCCGCAGGCGCAAAAAAACCACCGCUUUGGUCACCGAAGUGGAUAGUGAAGAAAGCUCAACUGUGGAUAAACCAGUCAGGAAGAAUGUUUUAGUGUGUAGUAGUCUUAAAUCCAACUUAUCGAAAAGCACCAGUAGGAGUUACCGGAGCUCUAUAAUGACGCGCAGGCGCAAAAAGAGCACCGAGGAGGCUAAUAGUAACGAAAAUAGUGAAAAAAGCUCAACUUUGGAUAAACCUGUCACCAAGAGUCUGUCAAUCGAGAAAGAAAGCAAACACAACUUCUCCACUCUCAGUUACAUUAAGCUCCCGAGGAUCACCGAAGACCAAGUCAUGAACAACAACCAGGACCCCAUUUUUAGUGACACGUUUAGGGAGCGGGCGUUCGUGCACUCCAGCACCCCUUACGUGAACACCCGGCGGUCGAAAAUCGUGGAAGACUGCAUUUCGCCGAUCGUGAGCAACCCAAAAAGCGUAUCCAACCCGGUGUCACCCGUAGCCAAAUCGGACUCAUCCAGUUCGUCCGAAUUAAUUGAAAAAUCGUUCGACCAAAUCCGGAAAUGGGACAAGAAUUUUCCGUUGGAGGGGCAAGGGGUUAAAGUUAAACGACCCCGAGGGCGUCCCCGCAAACUACCAUUGGACAGUCCGAAAGACAAAGAUUGGAAACUAAAGUGCGAAGUAAAAGUUUGUGUGGAGAAUUGUAUUCCGGAAAAAGAGGGUCCAGCGGACUUUCAGGGCUUCACUUGUGACGAACAGAGGACUGGUAAGGAGCUUUCAGACGAAUUUUCGCAGACCGUUUUAGAUUAUAGUCGGGACAAUGUCUUGAGGGGGUUCACCCCAGAGGAACAGUCAAACUCCGGUGAGUACUCCCAGGAGUGCCACAACUCGUUCGUUAGUUACAACCAUGAUUACACUAAACGAAGACAACGGUUGCCUAAACCCUCGAUAAAUUCACCCAAAGAAGCGAAAAGUCGCACCAGACGUCGAUCAACCCGGUUUACUAAAGUCGACUUUAAGAGAAAAAGUGUGAGGAGAAAAGGACUGAGAACGAGGGAGAAACGUCAGUCGUUCGUGACGAGUCGGCGACCUACGGCUUCCGUCGCCGCAAAGAAAACGCAGGCUGCCAAUAGUAGAAAGUCGAAGAUGAAAAAGUGUGUUGACGUCACGGACGACAUUUUGUCGGAAAAAGAAAUGUCGUAUAGUCACUCGGAGUCGUUCGACUUUAGCUCGUCGAGUAGUAGAGUACAAAUAGAAGAACUGAAAGACAAGGAAAUCUGUCUCCCAAAGAAAAAUAGUGUGAUAACGGUAGAUCUGGACGACUUUGACAAGUUCAUGCAGAGUUACUACCUAAAAGACCAAACUGACGACAAUAAGGGUGAAAUUAAACCGGAAACGAACUCGAAUUCUCACAACAAUCGAAGUCUGGACUUUUUAAUUUCGCCCCCGAGGCCUUCAACCUCGACCCUUUCAAGCAAAAGUGACUCUAAAAUCGUCAUCCUUAGCGACAUUACUUUAGGUUUCAAUAAAAAACCGCUAACGGAUUUAAAUAAGUCAGUCGAGGUUGUACAUCACGACCACUCUUACACAAAUACGCCCCCAUCCACCAAACCACCCCAGUGUUCUAUUCUCGAGCCCCAUUUAGAUCUGUCAGAUAUUAUUGAAUCUUCGGAAGACCCAAUCAAACCAACGCAGUUUAAAAAACCGACGAAGUCGUUGAAAUUGAAGCCGGGGAAGUCCUAUCGGAGGUCGCUUUCGUUGCUUCGCAGGAGUUCGGUGUUGGUUGACGUCAAUGUGGGGUGCCCUGAAGAUUGUGUCUGCUUCAAGUGUAUGUUUAAAGAGAAAUUGAAUUUGGAUAGUUCGCGGAAGUCGCAGAUUGUUCCCGUGGGAAGGAAGUCGAUUGGGAGGUCGCUGUUGGAGAGCUACGCCAGGAGCCAUUUGAGUUAUGUGCAACAACAAGAAGAAGGUGACUUCGUCGAAGACUUGGCUGGGAGCGUUCAGAGCCUGCGGAAGCUUUCGUUGAAUGCGAGGAAGGCGAUUGUCGAAGGAGAUCAUUUCGAGGUUACUGCGAAGGAACUGGUGCUACGGAGAUGCGGACAACGGGAGAUUUUGGGGUUCGAGGAAUGCUAUCCUACGAGCGCCCUUCAGAACUGCCACAAGAUCGGCGAGGGCGUCUACGGGGAGGUCUUCCUCUACCGCAACGCCGACGGCGGCACGUCCGUUAUGAAAAUCAUCCCGAUCGAGGGCGACCUGAUCGUUAACGGAGAACGGCAGAAAAAAUUCGAGGAAAUACUUUCAGAAAUCGUCAUUGCAAUGGAACUGAGCAACCUGAGGAGUAACAAGAAAAACUCAACAACGUGUUUCUCCGAGGUCCAGAAGGUCCGGUGCACACAGGGAAAUUACCCGGACAGGUUGGUGGACCUGUGGCAGCUCUACGACGAAACGAAAGGGUCAGAGAACGACAGCCCCCAGAUGUUCUCUUCAGACCAGCUGUAUAUAGUUCUCGAACUGGCGAACGGAGGCCGUGAUUUGGAGAGCUUCGUUUUCAACAACGCGUUGCAAGCUUACGCCAUGUUCAAACAAACUGCAUGUGCCUUGGCUGUCGCCGAAAGUGAGCUUCACUUCGAACAUCGCGAUCUCCACUGGGGGAACGUUUUGCUAACGACCGUCGAUAAAAGCAAAACGUUGAGGUUUCGCUUAGAUGGGUGCGAAAUCGAAGUGGAGACGGCGGGGGUGGAGAUUGCGAUCAUUGAUUUCACCCUUUCAAGAAUCGAAUUUGAUGAGGUGGUUAUUUUUAAUGACUUAAGUUUGGAUAGUGACCUCUUUGUAGCUAAAGGGGACUACCAGUUUGAAAUAUACAGGUUGAUGCAGAAAAGUAACGGAAACGAGUGGCAACAUUUUGAACCAUACACCAACGUCCUCUGGUUGCACUAUAUUUUGGAUAAAAUACCAGCAUUCCGUUACAAAAACACCAAAAGUAAAGUCCACAAAACUUACCUCACGCAUUUGAGACAAAUGAAAGAAGAAGUUCUUUCAUACAAUUGCGUUACCGACUUUGUGAAGGAGAAAUUUUUUUAGAGUGUAAGUAAGUAAAUUUUCAACUGGUAAUGUACAUAAAUAUUUAAAGAAAAACCCAAACUGUCAUAUUUUAGUUGUUUUUGUGUUAGUAUUUUAAACUCCCCGACUGUAAUAUACACUUGAUUUUUAAUAAAAAAUAUAACGUCGAA